CAUCCAUCCAUCCAUCCAUCCAUCCAUCCAAUAAAUCACCAUUAAAUUUAAUAAAAAAAACAUCAUUCAUUAUUUGUUGCCUCGGUCGACAGGCAUUCGAACUACAGAAUUAUCACUAAAGCUAGGGGUGAAACUAUCUCAUGACACUCCACGUCGACUUGCGAUCAUCACACUCAACAAUUUUGCGAAGAACGCUCUACGGCGAUAAUUAGACUCCAAGAAGUCCCACGAUUUAUUUGCGCCGAUUUAUACACUUGCGCUACCCUCACUUUGAUAUCCUUGCGAGGUUUUUCAUGAGCGUGAGCUCAAAAGCUCAACAAAUCAAAUAGACACCUUGCAACACCGCUAGGAGGGAAAUCUUAACUCUGCGCAGUCGAGAUGUUGGAAGACAAAUACAUAGGGCUGGCUUUAGCCAUCACCUCAACUAUGGCGAUAGGCACAAGUUUCGGCUCAUGGAUGCCGAGAAAGACACGUUUCGAAGGAGAUGGAUUCACAUACUUGAGGAGUCCGAUAUGGUGGGUAAUUGUCGGAGAAAUAGCAAAUUUUGCAGCAUAUGCGUUCGCCCCAGCAAUUCUGGUCACACCUCUUGGAGCGCUCAGCGUUUUGAUCGGAGCGGUUCUAGGGUCAUACUUUUUGGAUGAGAAACUUGGUACAUUGGGGAAAUUGGGCUGCGCGACGUGCUUGAUAGGAUCGGUCAUUAUUGUCCUUCACGCGCCCCCGGACAAGGAGAUCAAGAGAAUUGAUGAGAUUCUUCACUAUGCUAUCCAACCAGGAUUCCUUUUCUUUUGUCUUUUCGUUGCAGUUUUUGCAGUCGUUAUGAUAUAUAAAGUCGCCCCUAAGUAUGGCAAGAAGAAUCCUCUAGUUUACUUGUCGAUUUGUUCAACUGUCGGCGGUGUUUCAGUCAUGUCAGUAAAGGCAUUUGGUAUUGCAGUAAAAUUGACAUUGGGUGGUGAAAAUCAAUUCAUCUAUCCCUCAACCUACGUCUUCAUUAUCGUAACUGUAGUCUGUAUCUUGACACAGAUGAACUACUUCAAUAAGGCAUUGAGCCAGUUUCCUACUUCUAUCGUAAACCCACUUUACUACGUUACUUUCACGACUGCAACACUUACCGCCUCAUUCAUCUUGUACGGCGGUUUCAACACUUCUGAUGCGGUCAACACAAUUUCACUCCUAUGCGGAUUCCUUGUCAUUUUUACAGGGGUUUACUUACUCAACGUCUCGAGAACUGACCCUGAAGGAAACAAGAUGGUAUCCGGUACAGACGGUAUAGCAACCGACCCCCUUUCUGGUCUAUCGACGAGACGAAGUAUGCAGGCCCGCCGAAGCAACGAUCCGCACAGGAUGAGCAUGGGAAGCAACGGGUAUGGCCGAGGAGACAGAGAGGGGCUGAUCCAUGCAUAUGAUGAAGAAGAGAACGCAGGGUUCGGUCUUGCGGACCUAGCAGACGAUAGCGAUGACGAUUCGCUACCUCCACGAGCUAUGAAUGGGAAAAUCAACGGGCAUAGCAGUAAAAAGAGUUUCAGCGAACCAUUAGAGCAGGAGAGGCCGAGUAGAUCAUCCAAUCGGUGACCUCUCCAAUAGAAAUAUCAGUUUAUUUGAUGUGAUGACACACGUUUCGAAACUAUUGCGGAAAAGUUCGGGCUGUAUAUUUCAUAUGCUAAGGGUAAGGGUUGGAAUUUAUUCGUGAGGGGUCGUGCGUGUUUUUUUUCUUGUUUCAUUAGAAUAUUAUUUUGGUGGCAGGCUGGUCUGCCGGCUGGGGCUAUAACUCAAAGUACGACUGCAUGAGGAUCAGGCGUUUGGGUUGCUAUUGUGUACAAAAUGAGACGGUUGGGGGAAAGACAUCUAUCUGUACGAUAUCUACAUGGGUAAAUCAAGGAAUGGGCUCUCAUGAGGCGCUAUAAGCUUAGUUUGACUCUCACUUUUGAAUUCAAGCUGAAGUGGUGGCAUUUGGUAUCACAUUUAAUAGUAUCAUGUACAUUAUUUUCAAGUGUUUUUAAAGC